UUAAAGAUAAAUAAAAAAAACGGAAAGUGAAUUUUUAAAAGAACGAGACUUGCGUAGUGAGUUUAUAUUUUAUUCCAAUGGUAGAUAACACAACAAUAAAAAGUAUGUCUGAGAUUAACUGUCGUGAUUGUUUUUUUUAUUAACGUUUAAACGUCAAUGUGUUUUGAACUAUUGAAUAUGAAUGUUGAUAGUAAUUUAAACAGUUCAAAAUUCUACAGCAAUAAAUAUCACAAUUUUCAAAAAAAAUGUCUAUUAGUUGGGGAGAAUUAUUUCCUGGAAGAUGGAGCGGAAUUAUAUUUGUCUCUUACAUGGCACUAUUUAUUAAUCAAGGAAUUAUAGUCACGUGGUCACAAAAUGGAGGCGAUUACAAAUACAAUUUUGUAACUGUUGUAUUGUUAACUGAAAUUGUUAAAUUAAUAGUAUCUAUUAUUUUUUAUUGUCGUGACAAUAACGCAUCGUUAUUUUUCAAUGAAUUAAUAAAAUAUCGGAAGAUAUUUCUUCUUUAUAUGGUGCCAUCAUUAUUAUAUUGUUUUUAUAACAAUUUAUCCUUUGUAAAUUUGGCAGCAUUUGACCCAACGACUUAUUAUUUAUUGCUGCAAUUUCGAGUCGUUAUAACUGGAAUUAUUUUUCAGGUUGUAUUUAAAAGACAACUAUCAUCAAAGCAAUGGUUAUCAUUAGUGAUUUUAACAUUAGGAUGUAUGAUAAAGCAUCUUGACUUCAAUGUAACUAGCAAUAACUUGUUAUCAAAUUUUCCAUUAAAUAUAAAUUUAUUUUAUAUUUUUAUACAGACAAUUUGUUCCUGUUUAGCAGGAGUGUACAAUGAGUAUUUAUUAAAAGGCCAAGGGGCGGACAUAGACAUUUUUUUACAAAAUAUAUUUAUGUACAUCGACAGUAGUUUUUGUAAUGUAUUUUUAUUAUUAGUAGAAGGUAACUUGCCGAAAGUAUUCGAUGACAUAGGCCCUAGUAUAUUAUUUCAACCAAAGGUUCUACUGAUAAUAAUCAACAACGCGGCAAUAGGAAUAAUAACUUCAUUUUUUCUAAAAAAUUUAAAUUCUAUUUUGAAAACUUUUGCUAGUGCUUUAGAACUUGUCUUCACAGCAAUAUUAUGCUGGAUGAUAUUUGGUAUUCCUAUUUAUAUUAACACGUUACUUGCGAUAACUAUGGUAAGCUAUGCAGUAAUUUUAUACUCACAAAAUCCAGUGCAAAAUGUCACACCAAAAACUGUUAAAGAUGACAAAGAAGAACUCGAAGAAUUAAUUGUUUAAUUUAUUUUUUAGUUUAAUUAUUUUUAAUCAACGAAAGUAUUAAUUAUAA